AUGCCACCCGGCUCGGCUCUGAGGCCGUCUUGGCUGCUUACGGCCUCGUGUCUCCUCCUCACGGCUCACCUGGGCGUCGCUGACAUUGUGACUGAACAAGUCGCCACUUACAUUGAUUUGGAUGGUUCAAACGACGCCGUGCGCAUGCCCGAUCUUACCCUCACCACAGACCUGACACUCGAGCUUGUCGUUCAAUUUCGCGACAAAUCGGCUGAUAGCUACAAUCGCGUCAUGGAGAUUCGUAACGAGGACGGCGAGUACCUGGGCAUCCUGCGCGAUCAAGUGCGCAACGGGCGUCCAUACUUUGAAAUUGCCUACAAGAAUUCGCUCGACGGGACCACGACCAUGUACUACAACGGCACGCGCGUUGGAAACAUCGUUCUCUCGUCUGGCUACUCGCCUGGGACUUUCACAGACAACUUUCUUGGUGGUGCUAUUUCCAGCAACAACAUGCACAAUGGAUUAAUCGCCCUAUUUCGCAUUUACACCACGGCUCUGUCGGCGAGCCAAGCCCAGACGUUGUACAGCAGUGGCACCCUCCAUGGCGUGUCCCCAUUUCUUUCCUACACUUUUGAUGACCAGUGUGGCACCACCGUCGAUGACAUCAUCGGCCCAAACGAUGGCAGCUUUGUGGGUUUUCCGCUGUGGAAGACCACAAAGCCUCGGGCUCUCGAUGACAUUCGGCGCACUGGUGUCAGCUUUAUCGAGCCAUACGACCAGAUUCAACUCCCUGCUCUCACCUAUGACGCCAGCAAUGGCAACACCUUUGAAGCGGUUUUUCGAUUUACCGAUGAGCUGUCCAACUAUGAUCGCCUGCUGUACUUUCGACUAUCGGAAUCUGAAGACACCGGCGUCAGUAUUCUAAAAUCGAAUGCCGAUUACGGCUACGCGCUCAAAUUUGAGCACAAAUACGUGGCUGACACGGGCGAUCGCAUUGCUCCAGGCGCCCUCUCCACGCGCGUGGCGUCUGAACUUGGCAUCUGGCAGCACCUGCUUGUUCGCACCUUCCCAUCGGGCCUUGUAGAGAUGUUCAUCAACGGCAGCCUCGUGGCUAGCACAACCCUACCCAAACCCAUCCCUACUUACACCUUUCAAACCCCAGCCAUUGGGAGUGCCUGGGGUGGUACUGCCGUGCACAACGGUGAUAUUGCUCGUGUCAGCAUCUUCAAUCAACCACUGAGUGACAGCGAGAUGCGCCAAGUCUUUGAGCUUGAACGCACGCCUGACGUGUUUGACAAGCUUCUCUAUCGUUGGGACAUGCGUGAAGCCGUUGGGACCACGACAGCUGACUUUCGGGGUGGCAUGGUGGGACAGUUCUUUGGCAAACCGCGCUGGUUCAGUGACAAGAUUGCCUCACGCCUUGAAGCCGUUUCUGACAGCUAUUUGGGCUUUGAUGGCAACGAUCGCGUCAAGCUGGAGCCCAUUACACUUGGUGACACCUUUGCCAUUGAGAUGGUGUAUCGCUUUCGAAGCUUGGUCGCCACGGGCUACAAUCGUCUCCUUGAACUCAAAGUGUCGCCAGGUGCGGAUGAUCACAUAGCAAUCCUGCGUCGAGGCUCUGAAGACUAUCGCCUCUAUUUCGAGGCCAAGCGUACCAAAGCAGACGGCACGUUUGCCUAUCCCACGAUUGAGAACCGUGCCCCACAGCAGGAUACCAACUGGCACCACCUCCUGGUGAUCAAGAAUAAGAAUGAAGGACGCUUGAUUAUUGAUGGAAGCCUCGUCUCCGUCAACUCAGACAUGCCUCAUGCCAACAAUGUUUAUCAGAGCGUCUGCCUCGGCUCAAAGGCUGAUGGUACCUCAGCGUUCAAAGGGGAUAUUGCUCUUGCGCGCAUCUACAACCGCGCACUCUCUGAUGCCGAGAUUCAAGGGUUAUAUCGCACAAGCGCGUAUCGCUCUCAAAAAGUUCUGUACGCUGGAUUCUCUCUGGCUUCACCGUCGGCUUUCAGGGCUGCCGUCAACAGUUAUGAGAUGGAUGAAGCCUUUCAAACUUUUCCUCCCCGAUCUGUUAUGGACAGCAUCUCAAGCAAGACGUAUUCGUUUCUUGGUGCUCCGUCAUAUGCGCUCACGGAUCACGGCUGUCCCCGAUCACAGCUCAUCAAAGUCACGAUUGAAGCUGGCAGUGGAACCUAUGAUGCUACUGAAACGGCCGUGUGGAUGGCCAUCAUGGAUGAAGACGGCCGCAAUGACUAUAUCAAUGCCUUUUCCGAAGGGUUUUUAUCGAGUGAAGUGUUGGUGGCCCAUGCAUGCCUGCAACCGGGAAAAACUUUCCAAGGAUUGACUCUGCGAGCGACGAGCGACGAUGGCUUUAUGCCAGGCCUUGUGAUUGCUGAACACGACGUGGCGUAUGUGUGGAAGACAACUUGGAGCUCAGCUUUAGAAACGGAUGGUACCGCAGAACGCUCUCUGCACAUUAGUGAGAGCGUUGUGUCUCAAGCCGAGCACUGCACGAAUGCUCAAAUUGCCGUGGACGUGACGACCGUCACCAUGACUGGCACCUACGCCGACACGAGGAACGAAGUCACGAUGGUUGUCACGGGCACCCAAGGCGCCUCAGAUGUCAUGAGCUUGGGUCAGGGCUUCUCUCUUGGCGAGAGUCGCAAGCUCACACGCUGCGUACCAAAAAGCAUCGGCACCAUUGUCAGCUUUACACUGACUCUCAACAAAUCGGACGAUGGCUGGCUACUAGGAACCUUUGAAGCUGACUACGAUGACGGUUCAGGCACAGAUAUGCCCGUCACUUGGAAUUAUUACUCUUGGCUCAAACAAUCAACGACCACUGACUCCCAGGUGACAUUCUCCCUUUCCGACCACACCAAUAUCAAUACGGAUAACUGUCCCGCCAGUCGCUUUGUCAUCAUCUCAGCUAUCUCCCGCGACUCUACAGCCGGUGGUGUUUUUGCCACCCUCACCGGUACCUUGGGCUCUGCUGCUACCAUUCGAUUGGCACAUGCUUUUGGAACCUCCAAUGACAAUGUGCUUUUUGCGCGAUGCUUGGAUCGACCAAUUGGAAACUUUGUUUCCAUGACCCUGAGCACAUCCCCGGACAACCAAGACGGCUGGGGCUACGGCGGUGCCUCGCUCACCUUCCAAGGCUCGCUGUUUCAAUGGCCCUCGCGCUCUGUGACUCUGUCUCCAUCAAAUCCGAAGCUGGUUUUACAGGCCUCGGAAACGGUCACCAACCCAGCCAAUAUCAAUGACUUGACAACGACAUCCUGUGAGCCCAACCCUUGUGAUGGCGGCACAGUUUGCACGCAGCCCUCCCGAACCUGGCAUCGCGUAUACCAAUCUGACUUUAGCAUGAACAACGAUGGAUGGCUGGCCGACAACGUUCAAACGCAGGAUGCUGUGCUCUCCCCCGUCACUUGCGGCUCCCUUGGCCCGGUCUUGGGCAUCACGCAAAUGGCUGCGACCUCGGUCCUGUCGCGCACUACCACUCAACUUCCUCCACACAAUUUGCUCCGUGUUGUACUCACCAUCAUCAAGGCUGACUCCUUUGAUAAUGAAGCCAUUUUUCUUGAGGUCGAUGGUGUUCGGGUGCAUUCUGAAACGUAUUCGGGUGAUCAAGGCACCGCUGAAUGUGGAGCCGAUGAGACUUACAGCCGUGAGCUGCAAAUUCCCAUUGACAUCACGUUGCCCCACACCGAUGCUCAGGUGACAUUGGUGGUGUCGAGCACCCUCGACUCCAGUGCCGAGGAUGAAAGCUUUGGUGUGCAAGCAGCCGCGUUGUGGGUAGCCAACGACACGUUGACUCCGUUUGUGAAGCAAACGUUUGAAGACAACAACUUUGCUGGUUGGUCGGCCAUCAACACAUACCAUGGCAACGCCUUGAGCGUAACUGCGUGUGGUGAUUACGGCCAAAUUCUGGGUGGCUAUGAACAACUCGGACUGGAUGCCAUGCUCACCCGUUGCCUCAGUAACAUGCCAGCACAUUCGGAACUGCUGCUUGAGAUUGACGUGCUUGCCAUCGACUCAUUCGACAAGGAGAAUAUCGUUAUUCUGCUUGAUGGCGAGGAGAUUUGGGAUUCGGGUGCCAUCAACCGCGAAACUCACCCACUGGGUAGUUUUCAGUGUGGGCGUGGCUCAGUCAGCAACCCAGAUCAAUACUGGUGGCGUGACGUCGAAAUUCCCGUGCGCUUGCUCGUGCCACACUCAAAGAGCAACGCUCAAAUUGUUGUCAAAAGCACCAUCGAUGGUGAAGCAAACGAUGAAUCCUUUGCAAUCAAAGCGUUCCAAGUGGCCACGCUGGCCACAGACUUCUUCUGUGGUGGCCAGGUCUACACGCCACCCUCACCCGACAUCGCACUUCCCAAGACUCCACUCGCUAGCUACGGCGAUGGAUGCAGCAUGUAUCCGGACUAUAGGCACAAUGCACGCGUGGCUUGUAGCUCGGAUAUGCGCUGCAGCGACUGCAGCCUCAAUUAUGCUUGGCAACAAGUAGACUUCCAGGAUUUCACUGAUAUGCAAGUGCACGGAUGGACCUCCACCUUCAAUCCAGGCUGCAAUGGUCUGACUGUAUCAUCAUGUGGCAUCUACGGGGCUGUCUUGGGAGGGGCCAAUCAACUCAUGCGGGGUGCGACCAUCUCGAAAACUUGGACAAACCUGCCUACACAUUCCAAGGUCUUGAUUGAGCUUGAGGUGCUGACGAUUGAUUCCUGGGACAACGAGCAUAUCAUGGCCUCCAUCGAUGGCAAGCCAGUCUAUACCAGCGUACCCAUCAAUCGCGGCAGUGCCUUCCCAGGCCAACAAGCUUGUGGCUGGAAUUUGGGUGCCGCGUACACACGCGAGUCACCAAUCGUACUGCGCUUUGAAGUAUAUCACACAGCCUCUAGCAUGACAUUACUGCUUACCUCUGAUCUGUCUCACUUUGGCAUCGAUGAAAGUUGGGGUUUGUCCCAGUACCGCAUCUCUACGGCCAAUACGCCCAUCGCCUUUGACGCUACCGUGGUGGCCCAAUCCUCCGCAACUGAAUUUGCCCGUUUGUGGGAAUCAACCGGCAGCAAGACGCUUGGCAGCUGUGAUGCGACCUCUGUCUUGCAGCCAUCCUCGGUCUCGGACCAAAUCUUUGUGACCAUGACCAAUCUGGUUCCGCACGACUUGCUGGAGCUUACCCUCACGAUAAGCGGGGCUGAUGCUACCGUUUUAACGGUAACACUAGACGACCUUGUCUUCAUCGCAGUAUUUGGUGUGCGCGAUGUGGUGCUCAAGGCCAAUGCAUCUCCACUCGAGUGCGCCUGCGCAGCUGGCACCUUCUUGUCGCGCGAUGGAGCGUGCUCUGUCUGCGACACCACCUGUGCUGAAUGUAGCGACGCUGGACCAAGUGCCUGCUCCGCGUGUCACCCCGGCGAGUACUUGCAGGCUGGAGGUUGCCUGGCAUGCAGCGAAUGCAGCGGCAACACAUUCCUGCAGCAAGAAUGUACCGCCGAUCAGGAUGCCAUUUGCGAGGACUGUCCGGUGGCCUGCGCUCUGUGCACGGGCACCACAGCGUUGGACUGUCGUGUCAAGAGUGCGCCGAUGGUUUUGUUCUGCUUAACGGAGACUGCCGGGCCAGCUGCCCAAGCGGCAUGCUCGGCAGAGGGGCGCAUCUGCGUGACUGGGUGCCUGGAUGGAUACUACGCCGAUAAUAGCACGAUGGUGCGCUUUGUGACCGACUGGGAGGAGGGCACAUUCCACUGUCUCGAGCAGUGCCCAGCGCACUUUUAUAGCAACCAGGGCACUUGGCGCUGUAGUUCGCACGCCGAGCCGGAGUGCCUCAUGUGUGACUCAAGCUGCCAAGCUUGCGCCAAUGCAACACAGUGUCUGUCUUGUCAUUCUGGCUAUGAAGUCAGUACCGGUGGGCUGUGCACGCCCAUAACACCCAAGCCGGACGGCAACGCCGCCUCUUCUGGUUCUGCUUCGGGCAGCUCGUCCAACAGCGGUGCCUCUCAAGGCGCGAUGAUUGCAGCCAUCUGUGUGGCUGUGCUGGCGCUGCUGUUUGCCGCCUUUGUCUAUGUGCGCAGUUCACGUCAGAAUCAUGGUGUAGACAAGAGCUUCGUGCCGACUGGAAUGGACUUUAAGCGGGAUGCCAUUGCCAAUCCCCUCUACAGCGACGGCCCACGGGAGGGCAUGAACCCCAGAUACGAUAACCAAGAGUCCAUGUUUCACAAUGAUGCUAAUGAAGAUCCAGCCUACUCGGAGUUGCCAGGCAUGACUGCUCCAGCGUUUGAAGAGCGAGGCUACCUCGACGUAACUGGCGGGGCUGGAGAUGCUGGAGGAUAUGGAGAUGACGAUGCAUUUGAUGGUUCUGAUGGCGAUGAACCAAGCUAUCUUCACGUUGCCGGCAAUGAGCAGGACGAGGAUGACGAGCCCGGUACCCAGUUUGACGAGUUCUUCAACGACCUCGAACUCGCGGAAGAACGUGAGCGCAAUGACAUUGAGCUCCUGCUUGAAGCCGAACGACGCGGCUUGCUGGAUGAAAAUUGCGACAAACUGCUGUCCGAGGCGAGGCGACGAGGCUUGGCUCCGCCUGCACCUGGCUCCGGGGAGCCUCUCGAGCGCUACGAAGUGCAAUACAAUGGCUCGGUGUCUCUAUUUGACAUUCCGAUGCAUCGCCUUCCAAGCCUUGAUGAGGUGCAAGGUGGGGUACGCCGGAUCACCCACAAUCCGCGCAUGAACUGUGAAAGCAUUCUGCUCUUGCUGGUGUAUCCAGACGUACUGCGCGUGUAUGAUGUGCUGGAUGAACCAGAGCUGGAAGCUUCAGCGCGCCGUCGCACGUUGGCGCGCAUGGCCUCAAUGACCCUGCGUAAAUUUACAGGGGGCCGACGAGAACGCCGCUCAGUGGACCGUGACAACUUUAAUCUGGACCAGGCAACGCUGGUCGUGGAACACAUGCGCGAGUCAAUCCGCACCUUUGUGGCUUACAACCGCACAGUGGCCUGUGUAACACAGGAUCGAGACGACAUCACUGGCAAGGACAAAUACAUGGUUCAUGCCUACCGCUUCCAAGAUCGACGCAAGGCGGCAGAAAUUGCCAACCAUCUGCGCCAGAGUCAUGAGGGUCUCAUUGAGCGCCGUGAGCUGCGCGAGGCCUCGCGUAUGCCUGUCGUGCGCGCCACGCUUGAUCGGCUGCCCAAUACGGCCGGCGAUUUUGGCAUUGGCUUGGUUGGUGCCAAGGUCAAGUCCGAGGCCACAGACGACUUGGCUGUGGGCUUGCAGGUGAUCAAAAUCAACGCGCAGAGCGUCGAGGACUAUACCAUGGCUGAAUGCCGGGAUCUGCUGCGGGCCAGCGGUGACUGCGUUGUGCUUGAUCUUCAAGAAAAUCCACACGGCUUCUCCUUGUAUCAGUACCGCGCUGGUUCUUUACGGCCGCAGGUUCGGUUUGGCACAGAUUCCAAUGGUGACUCACAAUCCUCUUUGGAAGACCUUAUGAACGACAUGAAAACGUUUAGCUCAGAUGCCAACUUUACCAACCCUGUCACAAUCGUGGACGGCCGCGCGGUGGUCAUGGACCCAACCAAAGCGGCACCUCCACCCACUGCCACGCUCUCCCUCCAGCAGUUGAUCACCAGCUUUGCCCGCAACGCUGUCUUCACUCCCAUCAACAACGUUCGCACGCUGAUUCAGAUUGGCUACGAAACGCGCCCAGAGAUCAAGUCCCACAGCAUCUGGGGCACUCCCGGCUUCCGCCGUGCCAGCCUUUACCAAUACUGCAAGGACUUGUAUGCAGCUCAUGGAUACUAUGGCCUCUUUUGCGGAUGGUUUCCUCGCGCCUUUAGCGGCGUCAUCUUCGAUAUCGUGAACAAGAACGUGGCCGAUCGUCUGUGGAUCACCCAACAGCAGUCCAACGGUGACAAGAACACGCUGCGCUAUUGUGUUACCCACAUUGGCAUUGACAUUGUUGCGGGCUCCAUCGCCGCUCUCGUGACUCAACCUCUUCGCGUGAUUGCCACUCGCACGGUGGCUCAAAUGGUGGCGGGCGAGGACCUUUACGGCAAUAUUUUCCAAUCAAUCGCUUACAUUAUCAAUCACGAGGGCUGGCAAGGCCUCUGGAGCGGUAUCUCCGCCAAGCUGACCCUCGAGGUGGUGCGCGCGACUGCCGUUGGACUGAUCUUGUAUGCCAUCCGCAAGACGGGUAUCGUUCGCAAUCUGCUCACGGACAAUGUCUCACAAAUGGCCAACAUCAACGUGUCCACGCUGACGGACGUCUAUGAGAAUACCGCCGCCGUGUCCAUUGGCAGCUACAUUUUCCACCCCUUUGAUGUCAUCGCUACCAUGCUCAUGCUCCAAAACUCUGGUUUGACUCUGGCACGCUCUCCUUUCUUGCCCCUGGACGCCACCAUUCAUGGUUGCUGGACCUUCUUGCGCACGAUGGAUGGCAAUGGUGGUCGCGGCUUGCGCCGUGGUGCUAGCAACUUGAGCCGCUUUUACAAGACACCUUGCCCGGCCUUCACCCUGACUACGGCCUUGGCCAUGUAAGUACUGGUCUCUUCAGAGAACAAAGUUCAGCAAUCAGAUCUGACGAUCUAGCGCGGUCAUCUUGCUCUUUGGUUGAACGAGCCUGCCGACAAGUGACCAUCUGGGCGAAGCCAGAAGUGGUACAUGCAAGUCCUGGCCCAUCCUUUAACCCGAUGGCCCAAUCUAUCAAAUAUCUGUA